AUGGAAAGAUAUCCUCAAGGGAAAGAACGAGCCUAUCACCUCAAGAAAGGCGUGUUGGUUAAACGCAUUCACAAGCUGUUGCAAAUCCCCUUUUACCUCAACACAGUGACCAUGCUCUUCCAAAAUCCAUCGUCAUCGACCCAUCAACUCAAACGCAGGCCUAUGGAAGGCCCUGGACGCGUUCCAAGAAGCUUUUCAGCACACUUGGCUAGUGCAGGCGACGCAGCGACCACUUGA